GUCAAAAAAAUUGUCAUAAAUGGAACUUGUAUUUUGUUUUGAUGCUGUAACCUCAGAAUGUAAACAAAUAGAUGAGAAAAAUCUAAGAACAUCUUCAAGAAAUUGAGACUAAAAAAUUGGCUUCCAGUAGAUAAUGUUACUGGAAGUCGAAAACAAGAUCUGUUAGUUGUAAUUAUUAGGCAAAAAUGGAAAUUUUUGAUAACUCUGGAGUUCCCAGUACCAGUUACAACUUCGAGGAGUCUGGAAGAGGAUGUAGAGCAAAAAAGAAACAAAUAGAUCCUGCAUGUUGUCCUGUUUGUAGUGUUACUCUUCGGCAGUCGGAGAUUCAUUCCCAUUUAUGUACUGAAAUAGAAAAACUUGGAAAAUUACCCAGCGUAAAACAUAGGCUUAAUGGCAAAAGUACCCCUUCAAGUUCAAAUGGUCAUUCUUCAAUUGAAAAUGGUGACUGCAACAAAAAUUGGGAAACAUAUCAAAAAGUUAAGAACAACAGACAAAACAGACAGCGUACCAAGACACGUAAAAGGAAAAUAGAAGAACAGACGUGCCCAAUAUGUAACAAAGAAGUAUCUGAAGAUAUAACAAUUCACGUCGAAUUAUGUCUUCGAAGAACAGAGCAGAAUGGUAGUGAUCAAGAUGAUGAAAACAUAGACAUAGAAACAUUUGAGGAAUACGAAUGGGCUGGCCAGAGUAGGGUCCGUGCAACCAGUUUAAUGCAAGGGGGCCUCUCCAAUUUAGGCACCCCAAUCCAACUGGCAGAAGAAGAUGAAGAUUUGAAUGUCGAUGGUGAUGGAGAUAUAUAUGGCUCUCCACAGUAUUCAGAACAAGAUAUUAUUCUACCUUGUGAGGAUGCAGCCGAGAACCAAGCCCUAAGGAAAGCUGUUGUAGGGACAUCACCAAACAAACUUAAUUUAGAAGAAAAACAGGAAGCCUCAAAUUCAGCUAAAAACAAAGGUGAUCCAGUCCUAGAGGCCCUUAAAAACCGAAUAAGGGAUCUAGAGAGCCGAUUAGAAAGCAAGAAUGAUAUCUACAAAUGUUUAAUUUGUAUGGAAAGGUACACUACACCAGUGAUAUCAGUGUGCUGUUGGCAUGUUCAUUGCGAACAGUGUUGGCUUCAAACACUUGGAGCUAAGAAACUUUGUCCUCAAUGUAACAUGAUUACAUCAGCAUCUGAUCUUAGAAGAAUUUAUAUAUGAACUAUUUUAAGUGACUCAGAAAUUAUCUCUGUGUUAAUUUUUUUAAAAACUGUCUGUAUUGUAAAUAACCUCUGUAUGUCCUUUAUUUAAUUUAUACACUGUACAUAUAUUAGAAUAUUAUUUUUGAUUUUAUAAGACUCAGUAAAUAUUUUUUGCUAAA